AUGUCUGCAAUGAUCUUCUUUCCAAAGUCCUUUCUAGGAACAAGUGUCAAUUUUGGCAAUGAUUUGACAUGGACUGUGUUCGAGAGGUUGGGCGAGGAGGUUAAUCAGCAGGAUGAGCUCAGCUAUAUGACUUCUGGCUCACGUUCUCGCUCUAUUGCAGCAUUUCUCUGUCAUGAUAGUAGCAACCCGGAUGAAAUUAUGACAUUGAAGAUUAUUAUGCAGAUUCCGUAUACCGGUACCGAUCUCGAAACCGCGAAUGAAAGACAAAGGCAAGCUACCCAAAGACUUCCUUACUGCGUGCAAUACGAAUUCGAUGCUAGGACAAAGCUAUCAGCCUGUGGUUGUUAUGCAGCGCCUCUUUUUCACAGUUAUAAAUGGGAAGAGCAAGCAAUAGAUGACAUGGUCCCAGGUGGUUGGGCAAUCUACAUGUUGAUUCAACAAGCGCCAGUCAUCCCACUUGGAGGUUUAGAUGAUACAUUCAAAACUGUCUUCUGGAGCUUGCCUUACUCGGCUCGAAACGACAUCAGGGAAGCGUUUCGAGCUGCCUGGGAGGCCUGUGUCGAAGUUGGCAUUCUACCGCAGGAAGGACAUCUUGGGGGCCUUUGGUGGGAUCCGGAGUCCAAGAAAUUCCAUGGAUCUGCACUUGGCAGUUCCGACUGCGGAACGAGACGUGUAGGAGAUUCCUGCUUCGUGCUUAACCUUGACUUUUCAAAAUACGAAAUUUCACGAGUCCGAUUCUUCACACCAUCCUUCCUUGGGACAAUAAUCGAUUUUACCACCCCGCAGCCUUUGAAAUGGACAGUCCUCGAGAAGCUAAGUGAAGAAGUCUAUCAGCAAACUGCAUACGACCAUAAGGAACUUGGUGCAGCUUCUCAUUAUAUUGGGCUUUUUCGCUGCAGUAAUUCCGACGGCCCAGAUAAAAUGAUGAUAUUGAAGAUUACAAUGCAGGUUACAUGUGCUGGUACUGAGCUCUUUCCCGCUCAAGAAAGAGGGAAACAAGCCACCACAGCGCCUCCCAUUUUUGGCGUACAGGAUGAAACUGGCAUGGUUCCCCGGUGGCUGGAUAAUACACCUACUAUUCGAGCCAGCGCCAGCUGGUUUCGUGUAUUGGAGCUCGAGUGCUUCCGAGCGGGAGGAGAUGAGGGAUGCAUUUCGGACUGCAUGGAUGGACCUGUGUUCGUGCUGGUGUUCUACCGCAAGUAG